AAAUAAUUUAAUUGUCUAUGAUUUCUUGUAACGAACGACCGAAUGUCAACGAGUUUUUCUCAAUAUUUUGUUGUUGUAAAAUCACGUAUAAAUUAUUUUUGUCUUUUUUCCAUUUUUGUAAAUAAUUUUCAUGUUGAUAAGUGAGAUAUAUGUGAGCAAAUAAACAUGACGGAGGAAAAUAUAACUGUAAGCGAUAAUUCUGACUUGGACGAGGGCGGAAAUCCCGAACUCCGUGGAUACUUGAGCAAAUGGACAAAUUACAUUCACGGAUGGCAGGACAGGUUUAUUGUUUUGAAGGAUUCUACUUUAUCAUACUACAAGAGUGAACUAGAGAGUAAUCUUGGUUGCCGUGGUGCCUUAUGCUUGAAGAAAGCCAAAGUCAAGCCUCAUGAAUUUGACGAUUGCCGAUUUGAUGUGUCGGUCAAUGACUGUGUGUGGUACCUGAGGGCAUCAAAUCCUGAGGAGAAACAGCAAUGGAUUGAUGUCUUGGAGUCAUUCAAGGUGGAGUCAGGGUAUGGAACCAGCUCAGACAGCAGCUCGAAUGGAGGCGGGUUGCGGCGGCAUGGGUCUGUCACAUCACUGCAAUCUACCGGCUCACAUGGCCGAACAAGCCGCCGGUUAGCCGAGAAGAUAGCCGAGCUGGACACGUACGGCGAACUGCUCGGCAAGCAAGCAGCCCAACUGCAGCAGUACUUCGACAUGUGCGUCGCUGCCUAUCCUCAUAUAAGCGACGAGGUCACUGAGGCCAUCGACGCGGUCACCAUCGCUGAUGGGAACGACCUGCGCCUCCACACAGGAGAGGUCCGCGCGACAAGUGCCUCCUUCAAAGCUACAUGCGGCGCCACCCUGUCUACCCUGCAACACUGCGCCGAGCUGCUGCGCCGGCGCGAGAAGCAAGUCAGGCAGGCUGAGGAGCUGUAUAUGACACUAAAAAACCAGUUGGUAGAGGCAAGGAUUGCUUCUAAACCAGGACCCGACCAUGAGGAGGGCCCGCACUCGACGUUGCCCGACGACGAGUUCUACGAUGCAGUGGAGAGUGGCUUCGACAAGAUGGAGGAAGAGAGGUGCGCGCGCGUGGCCGCCCCACCGGCGCGGGCGCAGCACACGCGCGACCAGGUGGAGCUGCCGCCGCCGCACAUCGACAACCGCCUCACCGUGCACCCGCUGUGGCCGGAGAUCGACAGGAUAUCCACAGAACAGAUUCAAGCGGCGUUCGAGGAUGUCGGCGGAGAGGUCGGUUGGCAGUUGUUUGCUGAAGAAGGGGAUAUGCGCAUGUAUAGAAGGGAGAUGGAGGUAGACGGCAUGGUGAUGGACCCACUGAAGGCUAUGCACAAGGUGCGCGGUGUAUCAGCCCGCGAGAUGUGCCACUACUUCUUCAACCCUCGGUACCGAUAUGAAUGGGAAACGACCUUGGAAAACAUGACGAUAGUAGAGGAGAUAUCGUCAGACACGAUGGUGUUCCACCAGACGUUCAAGCGCAUCUGGCCGGCGUCGCAGCGGGACGCGUUGUUCUGGUCGCAUGUCCGCGCCUCCUCGGACGAUACUUACGCUGUCACCAACCAUUCUACCACCAAUUCGGAUUAUCCGUCAAACACAGGCGCGUGUAUCCGGCUGUUCGUGACGGUGUGCCUCGCCUGCCGCAGCACGGUCCCGGCCGGACAGGCGCCCACCCGCCAGAACAUUACUACCAGCAUCGCCUACUGCAGUACAGUGAACCCAGGCGGCUGGGCGCCGGCCGGCGUGCUCCGCGCGGUGUACAAGCGCGAGUACCCGAAGUUCCUCAAACGGUUCACCAGCUACGUCGUGGAGCAGUGUCGGGACAAACCCCUGGCCAUCUAGCGCCGGCCGCAGCCACCACCGCCGCCAGAGUAGUGGACACACCAACCCUGUGCUUGGGUAAACAGUUUUACGAUGGUAAAUUCGAUAAAAAAAGGUUAUUAUAUUAGCGAAUCCAUCCUGCGCGACGCGUCAAGGUCACGGGCUACGCGAUCGGGAUUGUGCGGUAACCAUGGUAACGACGAUCUAAUGACGGACUUCUUAGGCUACGUUCUCCAAAAUUAAUAUAGAUGGCGCUGUCGACGUGAUAAUUACCUAUUUUCUAUACUCGGGUGCAUAAUUAUUCAAGAAUACAAUGUAAUGGCAGAAGCACAUCAUCACCAGCCCAUUAACGUCCCCACUGCAGGGGCACGGGCCUUCCCUAUGGAUAGAUAGGGAGAUAGGGCCUUAAACCACCACGCGGGCCCAGUGCGGAUUGGUGGUUAUUAACGACUGCUAAUACAAUAGAAAUAAUAGAAAUGUAAUUGUAACCCGAGCAAUGGAAAAAGUAGGUAAUUAUCACGUUAAACUUGUACAACGCCGUUUAUUUUGUUUUUGGAGAACAGGCUACGUUCUACGAAAGUAUCUCAUUUAGUUUUGUUGCACUGCCGUGCUUUGGCUAUUUGCUAAUAUCAAAACUAUCAUAUAUCUGUUAUAAACAUAAACAGUCUACAUACGUCCCACUGCUGGGCACAGAUCCCUUAAUCAACAGGAGGGGGUAUGGAGCAUACUCCACCACGCUGCUCCACUGCGGGUUGGUUCUUUCCUAUGCCUCAGGCAUAUUUGUAUUUAGUAUUAAAGGGUGUAUAUCGGACUGAGACGCCGAAUUCUUUAAGUCAUAAACGUAUUAAUGGUGGCCUGUAAGUGACCUUUCGUUGUUCUAAGCUGGAAUGUAUUAUGUCGGAUGUGCGUUUAAAAAAAUAAUACAUUUAAAAUUAACGAAAAUAGUUCGCGGAAAUGUGAAAAGUUACCUUGAAAUAUAAUACAAAACGUGUGUAUGAAUAACAGUCAUAUUCCGUUUAACAUAAAACAAAAAGUCUGAAAAUAUGUUAAAACUAAAACAGAUAAUAUAGUCUCACACAGAGUAUUUACAUAAAAUAUGUUAUCUUGGUUAAUGAAAGUUACAUCUGUCCUCGUUUCACUGCACACACGUCGUGACAUAUAUACAGCUUAUCAACGCCGCCUGGUGGUGUUAUCGGUGUAUUUAGUAUUACGAGUUAUAGGGCUUUGAAGAUAGUACAGUCAUACGAGUCUGGGAAUUUGACCCGAGUUUAAUAGAAUAAAUUAGACCUAAAUUCGUUACAGACGGCAAAGAUACUGUAAUGUUUUAAGAUAACCAUCGUAACGCUCAAGUGCGAGCCAUCUAUCGUGUGGGUUACGAGGUCAAUGACCAACCUCAUCAAUCCUGGUGUCAGGAUUACUAUUGAGUCGCCAAAGGUCCCUAACCAGUCUUAUGUAACUAUAUACUUAAGUAAAUCGACCAAUCGAACGAUCAAUCGAUCGAUCGAUUGGGAUCGAUUUUCGAUUGCUGAACGUGCCCUCUGAAACACGGAACAAGUCGAGUGUCGAUUUGUUUUAUCUUACUUUCCGGCGAUCGGGUAAUCAACGCGCACUGUUCUAACCAAAGUAGAAAUUAAUCGAGUGUGGUGUGAGUGAGUAAGAAUUAUGAUGCUCUUGCACUGUUUUCCAAAAUACAAUAAAAAUAUAUAUUAUUUUCGCCGUCUGUGAACGUAUUUCUUUGAUGUAAAAGUUUGUUGAAUCGGGUCCUUUUUCCGGGUAAGUGUUGCUGUCUAUAUGUACUAUGUCAAACGCAGAAUUAUUUACUUGUAUCUCGCUUCCUAAUAAGCUACUAAGGAGUCGAGACGCGAUAGACGUAUUCUGAAAGUAUUCUUAUAAAAAGGUAAGUAGAAGAGUAAUAUCGUUGUCGCCGACAACGUGGUUUCCUAUAUUGUAUAACAUAAAAUAAUGAUAUGCACGUAUUUAGCUAUUAUAUUUGGUUUAAUAUUUAAUAUAUAAACGGUCCACCUUAUUAUACUAAAGAUGCAACACUAUUUAUGUACAUAUGUACCAUUGAGUAGGUCUUGUUGAGGUUUAGAAAUACUAGAGUUGUUAAAUAUGAGUGUAAAUUAUUUAACGAAUAUUAAUAUGCUAAAUUCUAAAAUAUGGUAUGUGUGAGGGGCGUAGAUGUUUUGAUCUGUUUAUAGAUAGUCCGCUUGAACUUUGUGAUACUUACAGUAAACAUAAUAGAUAUUAUUUAAUGGAAGUCUUAGAAGGCAUUCUACUAAGGAUACUAUCAACCCACUACAAACUAUAGGUAUUAGAAGACUAUAAUAUGAAAAGUAUCUAAAACUUAUAUUAUCUUAACUAGUCUUUUAGAGCGUUGAUGGUACCCUGUGCCGACUAAAAUACCAAUUUUUAAUCAGACGAGAUAAAAAGCCCACAUUGAAUCAAUUCAUCUAAAAAAGAAUGUUGAAGCAAUUCAUCUUAUAAAGAAUGUGCUUUUUCACUAUUGUUGACAUUGCGCAUUUACUUCUAUAAGCGCAAAUGUCUGAGGCAUAUUGUUUUUUUUAGAUUGUUUCAAUGUUUUGUUUUUAAUCUCUCUGAUUAAUCAGCUAUUAUGUGCUGUCGAGCUAUAAUAAAUAUAGAAGGGUAGAUGCAGACAGACAUGCAGACAUGUAAAAUAAUAAAAUAAAUCUUAUAUGUGAUUGUUGGACCAAUUCCAAUAUUAAAAAACUCUUCUAUAUUUAUUAUAUAUCGUCUCUAACUAAAAUGUAUCGUAAAAAUUCAAAUACGAACAUCAAGUGGUACUUAUAAGGUGCAAAAUAGAUGUUUGCACGGGUAAGAAGUGAUCGAUGUGUUCAGUUAGUUAGGUUCGCUGUUCUCACUGUAUCAAGUAGUACUGACGUAUAGGAACAGGGUGGAAUAAAUUGUAUAUUUAUUUUACCACUAACAUCACUGACCAAUAGUGUAGUUUGGAUUUUACAAAUAGAAAUGUGAGAAUUAUUAAAACAUACAUGUUAUUGACAAGGAAUAAUGCUUUUCCUGUCGUAUUUGCAGCGAUAUUUAAAUUUGGUAAAAUCUAAACUAUGCUAAUUCGUACAUCCGUCAUAUUAGAUUAUAUUUUCGAAAAAAGAACCUGUACUGACCACGUACACAGUACGAAUAUCCGAAAUCUCUAAUUGGUACUAUGGUAUUUUUAUUAAAUUAAUUAUUAUAAUAGAUACUCUACUCACGCAGGAUUAUAAUUCUUUUCAUUCCAACUCUAUACAGGAACAUUACUGAAGUUAAGCGUAUAUUUAUGUGAAGUACUUCUAAAAAUUGUACAGGAUAUCGUAUUUAUUUAUCAUUUGAAUUGUCUCAAAACAUAAAGUAAAAGGUAGUAUAAUAUAUUGAGGUAUAUAAACUGCAUUUAUAAAAACGCAAUGUUGGAAUUGUAAUUAGUUAUACAAUGUAAAAUAUGUUUUUUAAUUAUUGUUUAUAAUAAAAUGUUUUAUUAUGGA